AUGGAUGAAGGCGGGAAACAGGUGACACCCCAGUUGAUGAUGGCUGUCGGGACAGCUGUGAUUGGCUCCUUCCAGUUUGGCUACAACACUGGUGUCAUCAACGCUCCCCAGAAUAUCAUCGAGAGCUUCUACAAUGAGACAUGGACCAGGAGGUUUACAGAGCCCAUUUCCCAGACCACGUUAACAGCUCUGUGGUCGCUCUCUGUGGCCAUCUUCUCUGUAGGAGGAAUGUUCGGCUCCUUCUCUGUCGGCCUCUUCGUCAACCGCUUUGGCAGGAAAAACUCCAUGCUCAUGGCCAAUGUGCUCGCCUUUGUUGCUGCUGCCUUUAUGGGCUUUUCCAAGCUUUCUGAUUCCUUUGAGAUGCUCAUCACUGGACGUUUCAUAGUGGGUCUCUACUCUGGCCUCUCCACUGGCUUUGUACCCAUUUAUGUUGAGGAAAUCUCCCCCACAUCUCUCCGCGGAGCAUUAGGCACUCUGCAUCAGCUUGGCGUAGUGAUCGGCAUUCUCACAGCACAGAUCUUUGGGAUUGAAUCCAUCAUGGGGAAUACCUCCCUGUGGCCUAUCCUGUUGGCUUUUACUCUGCUGCCGGCUGUCCUGCAGUGUGGCCUGCUGCCCUUCUGCCCUGAGAGCCCCCGAUACCUUCUCAUCAACUGCAACGAGGAGAGCAAAGCCCGCAGCAUCUUGAUGAAGCUGCGGGGCACUGAUGAGGUGAGUGAGGACAUGCAAGAGAUGAAGGACGAGAGCCAGCGGAUGAUGAGGGAGAAGAAGGUGACCAUCCCUGAGCUGUUCCGCUCCCCCAACUACCGUCAGCCUAUCUUUGUCGCCAUCAUGUUGCAACUCUCACAGCAGCUGUCUGGAAUCAAUGCUGUGUUCUACUACUCGACUAGGAUCUUUGAGCGAGCAGGUGUGUCCCAGCCUGUCUAUGCAACCAUUGGUGCAGGAGUGGUCAACACCGCUUUCACUGUGGUUUCUUUGUUUGUGGUGGAGCGUAUGGGCAGGAGACCACUUCACCUCAUUGGUUUGAUGGGAAUGGCAGUUUCAGCUGUUUUUCUAACUGUUGCCAUGGCGCUGUUGGACCAGUUCAGGUGGAUGUCCUAUUUUAGUAUUGUGGCCAUCUUCAGUUUUGUUGCCUUUUUUGAAAUCGGCCCCGGCCCCAUACCCUGGUUCAUUGUGGCCGAGCUCUUCAGCCAGGGGCCCCGGCCUGCUGCCAUUGCGGUUGCUGGUUUCUCAAAUUGGUCUGCCAACUUCUUAGUGGGGAUGUGCUUCCAGUAUGUUGAGCAACUCUGUGGCCCCUAUGUCUUCAUUAUCUUCACCGUCCUUCUGCUCGGCUUCUUCGUCUUUACCUACUUCAAGGUGCCAGAGACAAAGGGCCGCACCUUUGAUGAGAUUGCAGCAGGUUUCCGCCAGUCAGCUGGUCAGGGUGCUGACAAAUAUUCAGCCCCUGAAGAGUUCAACACCCUCAGGGGGGACGACCCGGACCUUUGAAAGCUUCCAUUCAUGCACACACUUGAGUUCAGCAAGGUUACAACACAACUGUC